CAACAAACGUGGAGUGUUUGACAGCCCGAGUCAACUCGACUUUUUGACGAUCAUGGCCGUGCGUCUUGCUCUCGGUUUUGCGUCUUUGAUCUCUCAGGGUCAGGCAGCAGAAAUCUGUGGACCAAAGGAACCGCUGAUUCCUGGAGUCAUGGGAGGCAAGAUGUACCCCAAGAUCAUCUUGGGCCAGGACAUCGACUGGCCCCCCUAUGCCUACAUGGGAACCCCUCCUGAGUCUGACUUCGAGGUCGAAGGCAUCGGCAAAGACAUCGCCAUGGGACUGGAGACCGUCUGCAACAUCAGCAUGACCGUGGUGGAGAUGCGCUGGUCAGAAUGCUGGGGCAACGGCGUGAUCGGAAAUGGUCUCAAGGCUGGAGUUGCUCAUGGCUGCAUGACCUACACCCACACCCAUGGAGCUCGCAAUCGCUUCAUGGAGUUCAGCAAGCCUAUCUUGAAGGACAACAAACCUGGUGGUCUCAUUGUGCGUUUGAACAACGGCGUCCCGGAGGUCAAUGGCCUAUCUGACUUGAACGGCAAGAAGGUGGUGGACGUGGUGGGCUGGGCUCCCACCGCCGAUACCUUGGCCUUGGCAGAGAACAAGUGCACCAAGGAGCGCUUCACGGGUUUCGAAAUGGUGCAGCCAAGCACCACGACCGACAAUGCCAACAACGAUGCCCUUACUGCGCUCUUGGCUGGCGAAGCAGAUGCCAUGUGGGUCUACGCGGACCAGGCCAAGAACUAUCAGUGCGCCGAGGGAGCCACUGACAGCUGGUGCACCCUGUGGAGUGGCUGGGGGACUACCUUCGCCUACAUCCAGACUGGCCUGUUCGGCCACGCCAAGGCUGGAACCACCCUGGCCUUGUCCAAGAAGGGCUCCGGUUUGGCCAAGAUUCUGGACCCUUGCAUUGACAAAUUCCUGGAGACCAAGGCCUACUAUGACGCUUGCGUGAAGCACAGCUUUACCGAAUCCUGCUUCCCGAACGAGCACUUCCCAGGAGGCGCCACCGAGGCAACGCCCAUCUGGGAGAAGGCCACGGAUACCUUGACCUCGACCUGCGCCGAUGGCUAUUGUCCUUGCCCGGUAGUUUAAGUUUGAACGCCUGUCGCGGGACCGCCAGACCUGGCGGCCACCAUGACGAGCUCGUGCCGUGCGAUGGUGGUAGCAGCGUCAAAUGACCUGCACAAACUGGCCCUGAAUGACCAUUCCACCGUGG